AUUCUUAUUUCUAUUCCACCUGAGUGUCGUCUCCUAGUGGGAAUCUAUCAUGGCGUUCCGACAUAGAUUGACGUGAGGCUCAAUCAAAAUUUUUCGCUAAUUAAUUCAAAAGACAUGUGCAGGCAUUUUUCGCAUUAGAACUCAUGGUUUGAUUUGUAGGACUCGAAGUGCAUGUGACGUAACACAGAGUUACAACGUUUUAAGGCAUAGCUAGUCUGCUCGCGAUAACCUUCACGAUCGUGAAUAGAAAAAUAAAAAGAUAAAAGUGAACUUUGACAGUUUUCAGCUGCUUAGUGGGGUGUUGUCGAGAGGCCUACAAAGGACUAUAGAAAUUUUUCUGUUCCCUGGAUGACCUUGCCUCAUGCUGGUCAGCAAGCAGUUGGCUCGUCAAACCAGUCAAGAAUGUUCUCAUCAAUGGAUCAUUACAAAGAGAAUCUUGUAUGGAAUCAUCGCCGUGAGACAUGGGCAUCAUUGGCGAAAUGAAACGCGACAAAUCGUUGGGAAGCAGUAGCAGCAGCACGACGAGCAGCGGAAAUCGUAGCGGCAGUAGCCUGUUGGGCGACCGGCCUCGUCCGCUGUCCGCUUUCUGGGGCGGAUUGGGAUCGAAGUCGUCGUCGUCUCCGAAAUCGGAGCCGGUCGUGCCCAAAGGCUACAAAUUGAAGCACUCGUAUGGCGGAUCGACGGGUCACUUGGAUGCGUACGCAGGUGGAUUGAGCGGCGGGAUGAGGCCAGCCGUUUCGAUGCCGGUCGUGGCCGGUGCCCACCUUCCGGUGGCUUCGCCCAGCAGUCGCAAUAACGCCAGCAACGCUGUUAGUGGGUCGAACAAUAUCAACAGCAGUAGCAAACAUCGGCAUCAGCAACAUCGCAACAGUCUUCCGCCGGCCUUGAUCCAACAUCCUUCAUUACAGCAACGAUCCAAUCAACAGCGUCCACCGUCGCGUGCAAUCAGCACGACUACCAUCAACAGCGGCUUAACGUCCCGGAUGAAAGUGGAUCCUGAAUUGAUCUUCACGAAACAGGAGCGCAUCGGCAAGGGCUCGUUCGGCGAAGUGUUUAAAGGCAUCGACAACCGGACGCAGCAGAUUGUGGCUAUUAAAAUCAUCGACCUGGAGGAAGCCGAAGAUGAAAUCGAAGACAUUCAACAAGAGAUCAUGGUGUUGUCGCAGUGCGACAGCCCUUACGUCACUCGUUAUUACGGAUCCUACCUCAAAGAGACGAAACUGUGGAUCAUUAUGGAGUACCUGGGCGGCGGUUCGGCCCUCGACCUGAUGAAGGCCGGCAAUUUCGACGAAAUGCAAAUCGCCAUCAUCCUCCGCGAAGUGCUCAAGGGCUUGGAGUACCUUCACUCCGAACGCAAACUCCAUCGCGACAUUAAAGCUGCCAACGUGUUGCUCAGCGAACAAGGCGACGUCAAAUUGGCUGAUUUCGGCGUUGCCGGCCAGCUCACGAACACGACCAGCAAGCGCAACACCUUUGUGGGCACGCCCUUCUGGAUGGCACCCGAAGUCAUCAAGCAAUCAGCCUACGAUUCAAAAGCGGACAUAUGGUCAUUGGGAAUUACGGCUAUUGAACUUGCCAAAGGGGAGCCACCCAAUUCUGACUUGCACCCGAUGCGCGUCCUCUUCCUCAUCCCCAAGAAUAAUCCGCCUCAAUUGACAGGCAAUUACUCGAAGCAAUUUAAAGAGUUUGUCGAAGCUUGUCUCAACAAAGAUCCCGAAAAUAGGCCAACGGCCAAGGAGCUGCUGAAAACGCCUUUCAUCCGCAAGGCCAAAAAGAAUCCCUACUUGAUCGACCUGAUUGACCGCUUCAAAAAAUGGCGGAUGGUGCACAGUGGCGACAGUGGCACCGAUUCCGACAAUUCAGACUCGGAGGGCUCUCAUACGGACAACGACGCCAGCGAUCCUUGGAUCAACACGGUCACCAGUAUCGAGUCGAUCGUGGCUCGCAGUGGCUAUCCAUCCGACUGGAGUGACAAUGAAAAAGGAGGCGAUAACAAGGAGUCUACCACUAAAGUGUCAUCGUCGUCGUCUCUGGAGCAGCAGUCACGUUCCCCGCCAUCGUCGACGACGGUCAAGAGUCCGAUGAACGGGAAUUCAGUGACGGUUGUUGCAGCUGCCUCCGUCGCCACCACUGCCACCACCACCACCAAUUCCUCCUCGGGCGAUCGGAACCUGUCUCGAUCUGAUGCCGAAUUAUCUAAAUCGCCGCCCAAAGAGCUGUCGUUGAGUCCUAGCAAACAUCAGCAGCAACAAGCAGACCAGAAUAAUAAAAGGUUACAGGCGAGUCCUUCAAGGGCUGGCGACGUCGGUAUUCGGAGAUUCGAUGAGCCGGAGCGAGACCGAGACAGCAGAGAAAGAGAUAGCCGCCCUGAGCAUCACCACCAGCAACAGCGAAGCCGCAGCGACAAACAACAGGCUCCGCCUCCACCCGUGAAGGAUCUCAACCGGCGUAACAACGACGAACCGGACACAAGCAAACCUCACAGAUCCUCGCAGCAGCAGCAGCAGCAGCAUCAGAACAAUUCGCGGCCAAAGAGUGCCAUACCUACCGUCAUAUCACCCCUCCUCGUUGACCUAUCGAAGAGGUAUCGUGGCGGCACUGGUAGCAACGGUAAAAGCCCACUGGAUGAACUGCUGCAUGCCUUUGAAAUGGCGGAGCGAUCGAGUCCCGGCGUCACAGAGCUCUUUGUCAGAGAUUUGUUGGCUAAGAUGGUGCCCAACAUGACCGAGUCUCGCGUCAGAACUGUCGUCGAUCGAAUGAUUAGAGAUUCAUCCUAAAGAAGUAGUAAUGGGUGACAUGACCUGAUAGCAGAUCGUACUUACCGAGCAAGAAAUGUUUUGUUUUGUCGAACCCGAUAGCGACGCCAUCAUCACCAAAACCACGGGCAACGUUCUCUCCUCCUCCUGUCUUUGUUUUACGAUGUAAUGAAACAAGACGAAGAAAGAAAGAAAGAAAAGAAAAGAAGAAUAGCUGAUAUAACUAUUGUUAAUCAUUUCCCUCCCUCCCCUCCCCACUCCCCAUUCCUCCCUUUACUCUCCCUAUAGCUCCUGUUAUUACAUCCGGAGUAGGUUCCUUCCGGUCAACCAGCUCCCAGAAAGAGAGAUCGAGUAUGUGUGUGUAUGUACGUGUGUGCCGUAGAGAGAAAUUAUGGGGAAAAGGAGAGGGACUUAUUAUUAUUAUUUUUUUUAAAUCUACAAAAUCAAUUUAUAAUUAAUAAAAAUAAGGAAGAAGAGUCCUAGUGUGAUUGUGUUAUAUACAUUGUGGACCUCCCCUCCCCCAAUCUCCCAUUUUUUUUUAAUGGUUAAUAUUAAAAAUUGUUUUUAAUGGGAUGCAAACGGAAAAGUCACAAAACUAAGAAAGAAAAAAACAAAAUGGUAGACGUGCAUUUUCUGCUGCUACCAGGAAGUCUUUGGGAUGGAAACGAAUAAGAUUUUUGAGCCAGGUUUAUACAGUUGAAAAAUCAGAGUCUUUAUUAGUGUGUGUUGUAAGAACCUUGUUACGAGUCCUUUUGAUUCUUCCAACAUGUUUACUGAAAACAAAAAAAACUUCAAAAUUCCGUUCAGAUCCCUCCCAAGCUCCAUUUCUGUUUCGUGGUUUUUUUAGUUUCGCUCGCCUCUACAUUUGUGUUUGUGUAAUAUCUUAGGAUUUUUUUGUACAGACCUUUCUCCCCUUUACCCAUUUUUUUUUUUGCAAAUAGAAAGGAGCAAAAGGAAAAUUUAAAGAAAAUGCAGUGAAAGUUUUUUUUUUUUCAUACCACACACUUCCCUCCUCCUCUCCCAUCCAUAAAAUGAUUUAAACUAAUACAAAAUUUCAACAACUCCAAAAAUAUACACUGAAUGUUUCA